AUGAAAGGGGAUGCAAAUAGCGUACUAAAAUGUUGUUCGAACAAUGCUAUUCUCACGCCGAAUGAACACGCGUUAAAUAUUUUUGCUAUACAUAAGCAAGGAAAAGUUGAAAUAAUUGCAAACGAUCAAGGAAAUCGUACAACUCCGAGUUAUGUUGCUUUUAAUGACAGCGAACGACUCAUUGGUGAUGCGGCCAAAAAUCAAGUGGCAAUGAAUCCGAGUAACACAGUUUUUGAUGCCAAAAGAUUGAUUGGAAGAAAGUUCGAUGAUAGUAAAAUUCAAGAAGAUAUUAAACAUUGGCCUUUUAAAGUUGUCAAUGAUGGUGGAAAACCGAAAAUUCAAGUUGAAUUUAAGGGAGAAGUUAAAAAGUUUGCACCCGAGGAAAUCAGUUCCAUGGUUUUGACCAAAAUGAAAGAAACCGCGGAGGCGUAUUUGGGCGGAAGGGUCAAAGAUGCAGUCAUAACUGUUCCAGCCUACUUUAAUGAUUCUCAGCGUCAAGCUACCAAAGACGCAGGAGCCAUAGCAGGUUUAAAUGUGUUGAGAAUAAUUAAUGAGCCUACUGCAGCAGCCUUAGCAUAUGGUCUUGAUAAAAAUUUGAAAGGAGAAAAAAAUGUGCUUAUAUUUGAUCUUGGAGGUGGCACUUUCGAUGUAUCAAUUCUAACAAUCGAUGAAGGAUCUCUGUUUGAAGUUAAAGCAACAGCAGGUGACACUCAUUUGGGUGGAGAAGAUUUUGAUAAUAGAUUAGUUAAUCAUUUUGCAGAGGAAUUUAAAAGAAAAUACAAGAAAGAUUUGACACAAAAUCCAAGGGCUUUGAGAAGACUUAGAACAGCAGCUGAAAGAGCCAAAAGAACCUUAUCCUCUAGCACAGAAGCAAGUAUUGAAAUAGAUGCUCUAUAUGAUGGAGUUGAUUUUUAUACUAAAAUAUCAAGAGCCAGAUUCGAAGAACUUUGUUCCGAUUUAUUUAGAGGAACUCUUCUCCCAGUGGAAAAAGCCUUGACUGAUGCUAAAAUGGAUAAAGGAUCUAUUCAUGAUGUCGUUUUGGUUGGGGGCUCAACAAGAAUUCCCAAAAUUCAAAACCUUUUACAAAAUUUUUUCAGUGGGAAAUCUCUAAAUUUGUCAAUUAAUCCAGAUGAAGCAGUAGCUUAUGGAGCUGCUGUUCAAGCAGCUAUUUUGAGCGGAGAUCAAAGCUCAGCUAUUCAAGAUGUGUUACUAGUGGAUGUUGCUCCCCUUUCAUUGGGUAUAGAAACUGCUGGAGGUGUCAUGACAAAGAUUGUGGAAAGAAAUUCAAGGAUUCCUUGCAAGCAAACUCAAACAUUUACAACUUAUGCUGAUAAUCAACCUGCUGUAACUGUUCAAGUGUAUGAAGGAGAGAGAGCCAUGACUAAAGACAAUAACUUAUUAGGAAGAUUCGAUCUAACUGGUAUACCACCUGCACCAAGAGGUGUUCCUAAAAUUGAAGUAACUUUCGACAUGGAUGCCAAUGGUAUCUUAAAUGUCAAUGCUAAAGAAAUUAGCACUGGAAAAUCUAAAAAUAUCGUUAUUAAAAAUGACAAAGGAAGAUUAUCUCAAGCUGAGAUUGACAAAAUGCUUGCUGAUGCAGAAAAAUACAAAGCUGAGGAUGAAAAGCAGAAGGAAAGAAUAUCUUCUCGUAACCAACUUGAAAGCUAUGUCUUUAAUGUGAAACAAGCUGUUGACGAUGCUGGUUCUAAAUUAUCUGAUUCUGACAAAUCAAGUAUUAAAACAAAAUGUGAGGAUGUUAUUAAAUGGCUUGACAGCAAUACUUUGGCUGAUAAAGAAGAAUUUGAUCAUAAGUACAAGGAAGUUCAAAGUUUUUGCACUCCUUACAUGACAAAACUUCAUCAGGGAGGAAGCUGUGGAAAUGAAUCUCAAAAAGGACAUUCUGGUCCGACUAUUUCAGAAGUUGAUUAA